GUUACAUCAAAGAAACAAAAAUUUUCUGGCGUAUACGUAGUUGACGUGGCCUGAAUAAAAACAGACGGUAAUGUGAUUUGCGCUAACUAACAUCAACCAUUAUACUAAUUCAUGCUGAUUUCUGUUUAUCAAAUUAAUUCAAUGACAGUUGGUCAUAACCUAUGAAUGCUACUUAAGUGUCAAAUAACAAACUACAACAGCCAUGUCUGAUUCUGAGGAUGAGUUUGCUAGUGCAGAUGAAGGUGGUGGCUUGUCAGAGGACACUAAGUCAACACAAGGAAAAGUAAAAAGAUCACAUUCAACAACAAAAUCUGACAAAUCUGAUGCAAGAACUUCAGGGACAUGUGUCAAGGAAACAGAAAGCAAGAAAGGUGCAACUAGUAAAGACUCUCAGAAAAAAAAUAAACAGAAAAAUGUGAAUAAAAACAAAACUGAUGUUGGAAAACAAGAAACAGGAUCAACAAAAUCCACAGAUAAAAAGAAAAAAACUAAUAUCGCUGAUAAAAGUCAGGCUCCAAAGUCUAACACAGAAGUAAAGGGUUCUGGUUCAUCUACCAAGGAAAAAAAGAAGCAAUCAGAAGAUUCAACUGUGUCAUUAAGUUCGGGUAACCACAAAAAAGAAAAGAGUGAUAAACAUGAAGACAAAUCUGAUAAAACUGAGUCAAAUUCUGAAACGCCAACACAGACAAGUAAAUCAGAAGAGACACCAGGGGAAACAAUUGCUCAUACACCAGAGGAGGUGGCUACUCAUAGGUCAAGGGAAACAACUCCCCAGAAAGAAGUAAACACAGAAACUUUGAAAGACACAACAACAGAUACAAGACAGAGAACGGACAAUGUUUCUUCUAAACGUUCAGAAGAAUUAAGAACAGAGGCAAAACAAGAAGAGAAAAAACAAUCCUCUGCAUCUGGUGGCUGGAGUGCCUGGGGUAACUGGGGAUCAUCUCUGAUGAAUGUAGCGUCCCAUUCAGUGUCAACCUUCACCAGUCAAGUUGAGGGCGGGUUCAAUACACUAGUGGAUGCAGUAGAGACCAGUAUGGGGGCGCCGUCAGCAGAGGAGCUCGCCGAAAUGAAGAGGAAGUCUCGGGAGGAAUCUGAGGCCCCAGAAAACACCACCAUCGACAGAGAAAACUCAGAACAUGAUGAUCAGGAGGAAAAUAAAAAGUCUGUGACAGAAAAUAAGGGAGAUAACCCAGAAGAUCGCCAAGAGGAGCAGGCUAAAGGUGGCUGGUUCCAGUCCUUAGCUGGCCAUGUUGAGGACAAGUUCAAUACACUUGUGGAUGCAGUAGAGACCAGUAUGGGGGCGCCGUCACCAGAGGAGCUGGCCGAAAUGAAGAGGAAGUCUCGGGAGGAAUCAGAGGCCCCAGAAAACACCACCAUCGACAGAGAAAACCAAGAAGAGGUUGAUCAGAAGGAAAAAGGAGAAAAACAAGAAGAGAAAAAGAAAGAGGACAAUGUGAUGAAUCCUGAAGGGGGAGACCAAGGUUCUGGAAGUAACUGGUUCUCAUCCUGGGGGAUGUCCAGCUUGACCUCUGUAGUACAGAACACUACUCACAUGGUACAGAACACGAGUAAUGCCUUGGUGACUGGCAGUUUGGAUGUCCUGGAAACCAUUGGUAAAAAGACAUUUGAUGUCAUCAAAGACCACGACCCCGGACUUCACAAGACAAAGGAAGUGUUGUUUCAGAGGGGAGAUAAGCCUAACCUUUCCCAGAUUCUGCGAGAUGCUAAGGAAGAUUCAGCCAAGCGUAUGGAGCAGGAAAAAGAAUCCGAUGAUGCACGGAAGGCCCACUUUGGGUUCAUGUUUGAUGAAUAUCAAGGUCUGGCCCACUUGGAGGCUCUGGAGAUCCUGGCCAAUCAGUGUGAGAAGAAGGUGCAGACACUACUGACAUCCAUGCCUGCUGAUACGCUCGCUGACAUAAAGUCUGAUCUCAUCAUGAUCAAACAGGUGUUUGAAAGAAAUGAAGAGGAUGAUGACGAUGAAGAUCCAGAGGAUCAAGAUUUUGUGAAGCUGGUUACUGAUAACUUGGCAAACCUCAGUCUGGGUACUGAUCCAGGCAAACUGAACAGGACCCAGGACAAAAUCCGCCAAAGUAUUAGUAAAUUUUGCACGAAGGAGGAAGGGGAGGAAGAGCAGGCCCAACCCAAGGCUGUCCACCAGGUGGCGAUACAAUCACUGGCGGAACUGACAUCUAAGUCUGUGGAGCAGUUUCACAAAGCAGGGGAGCUAAUUCUGUUAAACCAACCGUCUGAUAAACAGUGUUUAGACAGAGCCACCAGUCUUUCUAAUCUGACAAAUGUCUUGUGUACGGAGGUGGGAAUUAUGUCCGUGAAGUUUACAUCUGUCCUCAACACACUGGCCGAGGGUGAAGAGGAUAGCAGUGACAUCAACACUCUGGUUACCAACAUCUAUCUGGAGGCAGGAAACAGUAGUACAUACAUACAGGAUGCUUUCCAGUUACUGCUGCCGUGUCUACAAGAGGUCACCAUUCAGGCUGCCCUCCAAUAGGGACACUGAACCAUACAUUCUACAGGUCACCAUACAGGCUGCCCUCCAAUAGGGACACUGAACCAUACAUCCUACAGGUCACCAUACAGGCUGCCCUCCAAUAGGGACACUGAACCAUACAUCCUACAGGUCACCAUACAGGCUGCCCUCCAAUAGGGACACUGAACCAUACAUCCUACAGGUCACCAUACAGGCUGCCCUCCAAUAGGGACACUUAACCAUACAUCCUACAGGUCACUAUACAGGCCACCCUACACCAUGACAACUAAACCAUACAGGCUACUGGUCAACAUACAGGUGGCCCUUCAAAGAGACAACUUAACCAUACAGUCUACAGAUCACCAUAAAGGCCACCAUACACCAAAAAAAACUGAACCAUACAGUCUUAAGGUCACCAUACAGGCUGUCCUCCAAUAGGAGAAAUGAACCGUACAGGCUACUGGUCAACAUACAGGCCGCCUUUCACCAUGACAACUGAACCAUACAGUGUGCAGGUCACCAUAUAUGCCACCCUAAAAUAUUGAAUCAUACCAUACAUUCUCUUAGCACACAGAUUGAACCACAGUGUUUAUAAACAGCUGAACUUCAUGUAUUAAAUGUACAAUGCAAAAUUUGCCAGUAUAAGGGUCAUAUACAAUGGUGUGCACUUUAUAUAAAAAAAAACUGUUGGCUGUGAUGUUGAAGUAUUGUAACUUUUUUGUACAUACUCAAUGUAGUAUAUUUGACAACAUUAUAAAGAGAUUCCAUAGACGUUCACAAAGAACAGAAAUGUAUAUAAAAUGUACAAAGAAGCAAUGAAGUGUAUAUACAAUGUAGUAUAUUUAUACAUUAUGAUGGUGUGCAGAAAUCUGUGUUAUACAAAUUAUUCUGAACAGUGUUGUACAGAGUUGUCUGAACAGUGUUGUAUAGAUAAGUCUGAACAGUGUUGUAUAGAUAAGUCUGAACAGUGUUGUAUAGAUAAGUCUGAACAGUGUUGUAUAGAUAAGUCUGAACAGUGUUGUAUAGAUUAGACUUAACAGUGUUGUACAGAUUAGUCUGAACAGUGUUGUAUAGAUAAGUCUGAACAGUGUUGUAUAGAUAAGUCUGAACAGUGUUGUAUAGAUUAGACUUAACAGUGUUGUAUAGAUUAGUCUGAACAGUGUUGUACAGAUUAGUCUGAACAGUGUUGUAUAGAUAAGUCUGAACAGUGUUGUACAGAUAAGUCUGAACAGUGUUGUAUAGAUAAGUCUGAACAGUGUUGUAUAGAUAAGUCUGAACAGUGUUGUAUAGAUAAGUCUGAACAGGGUUGUAUAGAUUAGUCUGAACAGUGUUGUAUAGAUAAGUCUGAACAGUGUUGUAUAGAUAAGUCUGAACAGUGUUGUAUAGAUUUGUCUGAACAGUGUUGUAUAGAUAAGUCUGAACAGUGUUGUAUAGAUAAGUCUGAACAGUGUUGUAGAUAAGUCUGAACAGUGUUGUACAUAUAAGUCUGAACAGUGUUGUAUAGAUAAGUCUGAACAGUGUUGUAUAGAUAAGUCUGAACAGUGUUGUAUGGAUAAGUCUGAACAGUGUUGUAUGGAUAAGUCUGAACAGUGUUGUAUAGAUUAGACUUAACAGUGUUGUAUAGAUUAGUCUGAACAGUGUUGUACAGAUAAGUCUGAACAGUGUUGUAUAGAUAAGUCUGAACAGUGUUGUACAGAUAAGUCUGAACAGUGUUGUAUAGAUAAGUCUGAACAGUGUUGUAUAGAUAAGUCUGAACAGUGUUGUAUAGAUAAGUCUGAACAGUGUUGUACAGAUAAGUCUGAACAGUGUUGUAUAGAUAAGUCUGAACAGUGUUGUAGAUAAGUCUGAACAGUGUUGUACAGAUUAGUCUGAACAGUGUUGUAUAGAUAAGUCUGAACAGUGUUGUACAGAUAAGUCUGAACAGUGUUGUAUAGAUAAGUCUGAACAGUGUUGUAUAGAUAAGUCUGAACAGUGUUGUACAGAUUAGUCUGAACAGUGUUGUAUAGAUAAGUCUGAACAGUGUUGUACAGAUUAGUCUGAACAGUGUUGUACAGAUUAGUCUGAACAGUGUUGUACAGAGUAGUCUGAACAGUGUUGUAUAGAUAAGUCUGAACAGUGUUGUAUAGAUAAGUCUGAACAGUGUUGUAGAUAAGUCUGAACAGUGUUGUAUAGAUUAGUCUGAACAGUGUUGUAUGGAUAAGUCUGAACAGUGUUGUACAGAUAAGUCUGAACAGUGUUGUAUAGAUAAGUCUGAACAGUGUUGUAUAGAUAAGUCUGAACAGUGUUGUACAGAUAAGUCUGAACAGUGUUGUAUAGAUAAGUCUGAACAAUGUUGUAUAGAUAAGUCUGAACAGUGUUGUAUAGAUUAGUCUGAACAGUGUUGUAUAGAUUAGUCUGAACAGUGUUGUACAGAUUAGUCUGAACAGUGUUGUACAGAGUAGUCUGAACAGUGUUGUAUAGAUAAGUCUGAACAGUGUUGUAUAGAUAAGUCUGAACAGUGUUGUAGAUAAGUCUGAACAGUGUUGUAUAGAUUAGACUGAACAGUGUUGUAUAGAUAAGUCUGAACAGUGUUGUAGAUUAGUCUGAACAGUGUUGUACAGAGUUGUCUGAACAGUGUUGUAUAGAUAAGUCUGAACAGUGUUGUAGAUAAGUCUGAACAGUGUUGUAUAGAUUAGACUGAACAGUGUUGUAUGGAUUAGUCUGAACAGUGUUGUAGAUUAGUCUGGACAGUGUUGUAUAGAGUUGUCUGAACAGUGUUGUAUAGAUAAGUCUGAACAGUGUUGUAUAGAUAAGUCUGAACAGUGUUGUAUAGAUAAGUCUGAACAGUGUUGUAUAGAUUAGUCUGAACAGUAUUGUAUGGAUAAGUCUGAACAGUGUUGUAUAGAUAAGUCUGAACAGUGUUGUAUAGAUAAGUCUGAACAGUGUUGUAUAGAUAAGUCUGAACAGUGUUGUAUAGAUUAGUCUGAACAGUGUUGUAUAGAGUAGUCUGAACAGUGUUGUAUAGAUAAGUCUGAUCAGUGUUGUACAGAGUUGUCUGAACAGUGUUGUAUGGAUUAGUCUGAACAGGGUUGUAUAGAUAAGUCUGAACAGUGUUAUACAGAUUAGUCUGAACAGUGUUGUAUAGAUAAGUCUGAACAGUGUUGUAUAGAUUAGUCUGAACAGUGUUGUAAAGAUAAGUCUGAACAGUGUUGUAUAGAUAAGUCUGAUCAGUGUUGUACAGUUAUAUAAUUAAUAAUGGGCAUUACAGAGGUUAAGUGAUGCUGCUAAUAGUGCUAUAAAUCAGUGACUACUUAGUCAUAGAUUACUGAUACUGUAAUCCUCAGACCAGUAAAAAGUACUUUUGUGACAUACAUUUGUAAUUAUAGGGAUCAUUUUAACAAAGUUUGAAAAUCAUUCGUAUUGCAAAACUAAUAUUUGGUGAAUAAAUGUUUUAUUGCAUUUUGUAAUAUUGAUCAUGAUUAAAGAAAAGAAUGGAAAUAAUUGUGGAGUUAUGGGGGAAAAUCAUUGUACAUGUAAAUUGUUUGUAGUGAUUUUAAUGUCAUUUCUGUAAUUUGAAUUGAUUUGAUAUUGGAAUGAAAUAUUGCUAUUGUAUUUAUUUUCAAACUAAUAAUGAAAAGAAAAUUAAACAAAACAUCACUUUCA